AUGCUUCCCAUCACGACCUGCUUCGUUGCAGGACUGCAAUACCUGAUACAUCCUUUAAAGCUUGGAACCAUUCAAGAAACUAUCAACCCUGAUGCACUGAUUCCAAUCACGCUCCUGUCAACUGAGGAAAUCUUUGGCGACCUCGAAGGAAUUCUAGAUCUGUUCGAUUCAAUCGAUGAUGUAUUUGUUCCCGACUUUGGUUCCAUUCUCGUCGAAAAGAGCGGAGACAACAGUAGCCAGGUUCAUGUCGACACGCGACAGAUUUAUCAUAUGGACCAAAUCAAGGCUCUCGAUGGCUUUUCUGAGUUACCUUCUGGUCCCUACUUUCUUUACGGUCCGAAUCUUUACCAGGCCUGGCGUCUGUAUGAUGACGAACUCGGAGCUUUCACUUCCGGUGUAAUACCUGAUGAUCUGAACCAACCAGAUGAAUUCCAACCCUUGACCUCUUCAUCCGUUUACGGAGACUCAGUUACAGUUCCUGUACCAUCAAGACUCUACCAUUCUCAACCUUCUGCCAAGAAACCCCUGUCUGGUGUCCGUGUUUCUAUAAGCGACACGAUAUCGUUGAAAGGAACCUAUACAACCUUUUCGAGUCGGGCAUGGAAAUCGCUCUGCGAAAACUCCUCAAGCUCUACAGCUAAGUAUGCACAAAGCCUAAUAGACCAAGGCGCCGUUAUCAUCGGAAAAACCAAGACGUCGCACCUUGGUACAGGUGCAGACUGGGUUGACCAACAAGCUCCUUGGAGUGCAAGAGGUGAUGGAUAUCAGAGAAUGGAGGGUGGUUCAGUUGGUGCUGCUGCUGCCUCGGUUGGGUACCCAUGGAUUGACUACAGCAUUGGCGUUGACGAUGGUAGAGUGAUGUCCGAGGGCGGCGUAUACUCCUUGGGUCAGCCUGGAAAUCUAUCUUUCGACAUAGCUACGGCAUCAAAGUUCGACAAAACUCGAAUCUUUAGUCGAAGCCUCAAGGGACUUCUCGAUUUCACGGAAAAUACGAAGGCUAGGGCUUCUGAGUCUUCUUCCAUGAGGGUAAUCGUACCAGAAGACUUUUCGUCACCCAAAAAGUCUCAGAAAACAGCCAUAGCGACUUUCGUAUCAAUUCUGCAGGGUCUCUUGGACGCGAAAGCCGAGUACGUCAAUGUGGGCAAGAAUUGGGAAGAAAGUCCUCCAUCUGAAGCGUCGAAUGAGGGAAUGCAAGCAUACAUGGAAAAGGCACCUUUCCGGUCAUGGUGUUAUGAUUACUACCAUUCCUUUGACACUUUUCGAGAUGACUACAAGCAAAAGUUUGACAAGAAGCCAUUUAUCGAGGCUACGCCGCAAUUCUUCUGGAACGAAUGCAAGUCGGUAACAGAAGAGGAGAACCGCCAAGAUACAGAACGUCUCGAUGUAUACCGGAAGUGGUUCCUUGAGAACAUAGUGCAUACUUCUACCCCCAAUGCCAAGGGAGACACAGUCGUGAUCCUUCCAUGUGGAAAUGAUCAAGUUGAACAUCGGAACGAUCCUGUGGCCCCACCAACCAUGUACAAAGGCAUCGACUCUACAACACUGGCACUGGUAUUGGGGGCUUCCCUAUUAUCACUUCCAUUCACUCAGAUACCCUACGAGUCUGACAUUUCUGGGGAGACAGAGUACCAGCCAGUCUGCAUCUCGGUUCUCAUCCACGGAAAUGGCAAAUCGGCCAUUCAAUUGAUCAAAAAGGCUCUAGAGGCAGGGCAUAUUCCCACCAAGGUUAAUGUCGGGCGGUUCACGUUCCCAGUCAAGAAGUCGGAUCAUGCCAACAAUCGCCUCCAAGCUCCCUUGUCGGGUCAGAAUGUGUCGGACGAGCUGUAA